CCGACCCACGUAGCAACUGGUCACUUGGUUGGCCUAAUAAAAAAUAAAUACUGUUUCACAUUUCAAAUCUUUUUAUUUUCUCAGACUUAUCCGGAUCUAGGUCUGUUCCUUCUCCAUUCUCCUCAAUCUCUCCGCACCCAACGUUCCAAUCAGGUUUGAGAAUCCAACACUAGUUCACGAGAACUGGUUUGUGUCUGCAUAGCCGCCUAUCGAUUAUCAACCAAGUUUCAUGUCUGAAGUCAACCUUGUGACUCCUACCGCCUUUGAUCCCUUUGCUGAUGCAAGUGGUGAGAACUCUGCUGCGGGAACAAAAGAAGAGUAUGUGCAUGUGCGUAUUCAGCAACGGAAUGGUAGGAAAAGCUUGACGACUGUGCAGGGGGUGAAUAAACAAUACAGCUAUGAUAAAAUACUGAAGGACCUCAAGAAAGAAUUUUGCUGCAAUGGAACUGUCGUUGACGACAAUGAAUUAGGCAAGGUUAUUCAGCUUCAAGGUGACCAAAGGAAGAACGUAUCUGCCUUCCUUAUAAAUGCUAAAAUUGCGAAGAAGGACAACAUUAAAAUCCAUGGUUUUUGAUCUGCUCGCGGAUAACAUAAUACCUACCUUCUUUGAUUGUAAAAGGACUGAUUUACCUUCUUUGAUUGUAUGUCCUUCCCAAUAUGCACUUCUAUUUCAUGGUUAUGACUUCUCAUUUUGAGAAAGAUGGGUUGUUGACUCUGUGUUCGCUUUUGAUGUAAUUGAUGGCUAAAGCUAUUGUUGGCAGAUUCUCAUGUGGAAAUAUAGUGUUUAUUAUAUGAACACUUAGGGAUGCAUCUGGACUGGAAUUUAGGAUUUUAAAUUCCCAGGGCUGUCUGAACUGGAAUUGUAUGCAUCACUAGUCCCAACUCCCAAUUGACCAAUUCCUACUUCCUAGUGCACCCUUUUUAUCAAUAUAUACUUAAAUAAAGCGUGUAAAACAUUUUGUUGUUAUAAUUUGAUAUGAAUGGAAUAUAUAAAUAGGGAUAGACGAUACACCCACAUACAUGAUACAUGCUUAUGCUCCAGAGUUUUUUUUUUUUAUGUUGAUGCCAUUUUUGUUGA